CACGCCGUACUACACACUGAAUGAGCGUUGGCAUUUCGCUCCUGGGUAACGCGUCUCUCCGGGCGAAAAUGGGCAACUCCGGAUGCUGAUCAAGAGAGCCAAGGAGAUCCUGCCAGAGGGGAAUCUCCCGAGCUGGUGGGCGGGAGGCGGGGAGGCAGGAGAGCGUCGGACCACUAGAGGCAGGCAACAGAUAGUUUUCCUCGACGGGGAGGGGCAUGGAAACCCCCCAGGAUCCCUUCAGCCCAGACUGCUCUCGGAAGCGAAAGGCGUCUCUCCUGCCAGGCGUGCUUGGAGCGAGACUGCGAGAGGAAAGGGAGUCCCGGCCAGAAGGCGAAGAGCGGCAGCGCCGGGUGGGCAGCGCGGGAGAGUCAGCAGCAGCUCCAAGAGGCCAGCGCGCCGUCGCCGCAGUCGCGGCUGCCGUCUAGGGCGCAGGCUGCACUCCCGGGCGCUUGGCUGGCGCUUGGCAUGGACUGGGAGCGCCGCGCUGGACUCGGCUGGCCACGGAGGGCUCCGGAGAGACGCCGCGCUUGGGCUGAGGUUCUCACCUCCCUGUUGCCUCUUUCCAUGGGAUUAAAACCAAGGUGGUGAAGCAGCCGCCGGCCGAGUGGAUCGGACCUCUCACCUGCCUCCACACCACCAUCACCCCCCCCCCCAAAAAAGCCCGUCUUCUCUUUCGACCGAGCCAUGUGGGACCUCGCUCUAGAGGUGGGGAUACGGGUCCUGCUCUUCGGCGUCUUCAUUUUUACAGAAUUUUUGGAUCCAUUCCAGAGAGUUAUUCAGCCAGAAGAGAUCUGGCUCUAUAAAAACCCUUUGGUUGAAUCUGACAACAUACCUACACGCCUCAUGUUUGCCAUUUCAUUCCUGACACCUCUGGCUGUCAUUUUUGUGGUGAAAAUCAUUCGACGGACAGACAAGACUGAAAUUAAGGAAGCUUUUUUAGCUGUUUCCUUGGCUCUUGCUUUGAAUGGAGUCUGCACAAACACUAUUAAAUUAAUUGUGGGGAGACCUCGUCCCGAUUUCUUUUACCGCUGCUUUCCAGAUGGAGACAUGAAGUCUAACAUGGACUGCACAGGUGAUCCAGAUGUGGUCUCCGAAGGCAGGAAAAGCUUUCCAAGUAUCCAUUCUUCCUCAAAUAUUGUUCUCCUUUCCCUCCCACAUCUAGAUGCCUUUGUCGGAGGGGUCAUCGGCCUCAUGUUUGCUUACAUUUGCUACAGACAACACUACCCUCCGUUGGGUAACCUGUCUUGUCACAAGCCUUACGUCAGUCUGCUUGCUCAGACCGUGCUGAAGAAAGAAGAGGCACCCACAGUGGAUAAUGCAACCAGCCUGCCUCUGGAAGGGAUAACAGAAGAUGGGUGGCAGAGGCUGGAAGAGAAUGUGUUGCUCAAGGCCACCCAGGAACCUGUGGCUGAGCUAGAACACGGAUCAGGACCAACUCUUACUCGGAUGGACCAUAUCGACUGCAAGGGAUUAAAUAUCUUCUGCUAAGAAGUUAAAGGCAUUCUGAGCUGUGAUUGACACCACACCUUCUUUUCCGAAGGCAUUCAACAUGUAUCAAAAAGGUUUAUUUCUUUUAUGUCUCAUAACUCUGUAUGUGGUUACAAGAGCAUUCUGCGUGUCUCUCGGUUGUCUAACACGUAGCAGUGCAAAUAUCUUUGUGCCGCCCAUCAAGUCUGGCAGCGUUCUUCUGUGCUGACUAUAAUGAAAUGAUGGUUUUAAAUAUACAAAAGAGCAAGAGCUGGAGGAGGCCAAGAUUGCAGGCAUCAGUCAUUCCUGAGCAAGAUGUCCACAGCACAGUUAUGCAAAGACCUUGGAACUCUCAGCUGGCAAUAACGUAUAUUGAUAGGAUCACUUGGACACUCUUAAUAUUAACACAUUAGCGGAACGUUUUUUCCCCUUUCCCUUGAGAGCAUAAUUUACAUUCAAGCUGAAUAACUCAUUGCCAAACAGCAACUUGUAGUCCUUUUUUUAAAGUAACAAAACAAAACAACCUAACACCGAAAAUAUCCUGAAUUGUGAAGGUGAAAAAAACAACACAUUUUUGUGAAUAUGUGAGCUAGAGUCACAUUAGUUUAAUGGGUUUUCCUUCCUUUGUUUAUUUGCUGGGGGUUUUAAUAGUUUGCCAUUCAUGGCAAUCUGUUUUUGGGAAGAUUGACUCUCCCUGUCCCCACCAAUGCUAUAUUAACUUGUGUUAUCUUCUGCAUCUGCAAUUCUGAAUCUAGCACUUUCCCAAGUACCUUGUUUGCAUAGCUGUCAAUGUUUCCCUUUUUUAAAGGGAAAUUCCCUUAUUCCGAAUAGGAUUCCUCACAAGAAAAGGGAAAAGUUGACAGCUAUGCUUGUUUGGGAGGCUGCUGUUAUAUUACUACAAGUGCAUGCAUGGGAGGGUGUGUGUGUGGCAGCACUCAGUGGCAUAUAUGUGAACAAUCGUAAACCUCAUUUCAGAAGUCUGUGGCAAAAAGCGAGGACUCCCAGCCGAGCAUGCUGCUUUGGUGAACUCCAUAGGGACCUUUCACUCGUGUGCAGCCUUUCGCUUAUGCAAGGUUGUUGGCUGUGUUCGAAGUAUGAACUAGCCCACUGUAUUUUGAUAAGUACCUCAGGCUGCACCUCAGAUUCGUGAACCUGCUGUGAUAUUUCACAGGCAUGCACAAGACUGCAUCUACUGACAAAAAGGUUUAUAUCCUGUUCAUUAUUCCAUCAGCCCCUCUUCAGAUUUCAGAUAUCUCAGCAAAAACUCACAAAGUCAUUGGCCACUGUUUGGUGUGGUGAAUAACAAGGGUGACUCAAGGGAGAUUUUUCUUUCUUCGGUCCCUCAUUGCACACUGCGCACCCAGUGUUGGGAGCAAUGCUCACAGCCUCAGGACAUGAAUACAACCACGUGGUCCAGGUUGCUGCCUUGAGCAUCUUUUCCCCAGUCUAGUUAGGGAUGCAUUGGUGAAGGUCUCUGCCACCCUUAUAGAAGCGGAGCAAUUAUGUAGCCUAUCCACAUUCAUUAAUCUUUCCCUCCUUUAUUUCUUCUUCUUCCAUUAAUUCUUUGUGCAAGUGUCAUACUGCAGUGAAAUCAUGUCCCUUUUGAUGGCAGAAAGAAAAACAUGCCGCUGAAAUCUUUAUAAAAGCGUAUUAGGGAAGAAGAUGUUUUAUGUAAUAAUCUGACAAUGGGAUUUUUUGGUUUGAUCAGCUAGCUGGACUAACGGAGGCUGCUUUGAUCAAUGCUACCCAUUAUGGUGCUUUCAACUGGAAGGGAUUGCUACCAUAGCUAUACUUACACCUAAUGUGUGCCUGAUGGACUAUGCAUUGGCCUAGUCUGUAAUUUAACAAGUUCACAUCCCCCUAUAAAAACUGAACAUUUUCUUUGCCAAUUUUUUCCUUUUUUGAGGGGGGUCAGGGGUUACCUGAAGGAAGUGAUUGUUGGUUGACAACUAUGAUUUUGGGGGGCAGAGGUGAGAACAGAUGAACCCCCCUUUUUAAAAUAGAUCCAUUGCACACAGUAAAAUAAAAAAAACCUGAAAUGAGGAUUGUAUAUACUGAAAAUAUACAAUAAAUUUGAAUCACAUUCUUUUAAAAGCCCCAUAGAAAUUAAUAGGAAGAGACAUUUGUGUUCCUGUGUGUGUGUUUUAUGUAAAUAUAUUGGGAUGUAAAAUAUACUGUGGAGAUAUGGAUCUUACACCUCUGUAUGUAUGAGAGAAAAGGAAAUUAUGAAUGGGUGGAAAGUCAGAAUAGUAUCAGGAUUCACUUUUCCUGAAUAUGCAAUGACAUAACUUUUGCCUACCUUAUAGGGUUUGGGAAGUUUUGCAGUAUUUCCCCCAAUGAUCAGAUACUUACAUAUACUCUGAAUCACUUGUCUUUACUGUCUUACUAGUGAAAUUUUCACAAUGGUCCUAGAUCUAUAUUUUUGAGAGAAAAAAAUUCUUACAGAAUGAAUUCUGUUAUAGAGGUGCUCUAAUUUUUUUAUUCAGACAUCUGUCUAUGCAUGAAACAAACUGUUCAAAACCUUAGUAUGUUAUAUGUGCCAACUGUGGUUGGAGGAGGGACUGUGGGAAUGUCCUGAAGAACACCCAAAGCCUUUGUCAUGGGAACCGGCCUUUAAGCAGGAGGCGUUGCUGAAGUUGCCCUGGGCUUAAAAAAGCUUUCCAGGAGGUUUAGCUGCUCCUGUGCCUUCAGGUGUCCUGGGGAGACUAGUAGAUCAGGCACAAGGUUUCUCUCCAAAGGUCUGUUUUCCCCUGCUUCGUUUCCUUUGAGGCUGGCCCCAAUCUGCUAUUGUACUACUCAUACAUGCCCUCCACCAAUGUCACUAUAUUUGGGAUAAAAACUGAAAGUUGCUGCACUGGCACAUCUCGAGUUUCUAAACCAGGUGGAGCUUUGGAGGCUACCAAGUCAAGUUGACUUUAUGGGAAACUUCAGGCCCAGGAGGCAAAUCCAGCAAUCUAGGCCUCUCUGUCUGUGGCCCUUGAGACCCCCUCUAGGCCAUACAUCCCCAAAGCCACAUGCCUCACCAGGCAUGUUCCUUGAGUCUUUUGACUUGGCUGAAAUAUGUAAUUGAACUCUGAUAAUGCGUCUUGAUGGAGGAUCGAGAGAGGUGUGUUAGUGUGAAGAAGCUAGCAUGCUGUAUGAAGGUAAAAUUCAUGCUUGUUGCUCUUACCACUUUUGCCACUGAUAUGUGGCCCCCAGAAAGUUGCCCAGGUCGGUGAAUGUGGCCCUCAAGCUCUGGCUUAAUCCAUGUGUUUUUUUGAAAAAACUUCUCAUGAUGGCCCAGUUUACAGGAACAAACUGAACAUGGUGUCCAUUUCAAAAGCAAGAACGCAACCUCUUGUAGCAAGCCAUUUGUGCACCACAAUUCACUAUGCAGAGCAUUUGACUUCCACCGUACCAUUCCAAGCUCUUUUCUGUGGCUUGCAGUGUCAAUAGGAAAAAUUGGCCUGGUCACUAUGUAGAGCAGCUUCACUCUGCUGAUUUGAAUGUAGCCACUGUUCCAGUAUGCAUUUGGAUCUUGGCUUGAUUCACAUAAUGAUGUUAAGGUAUCAUCAAUCAUUCUUAAUUUUCCUCAUAAAUGUUCCCUCUUCCAUGACAAAGCUGCCUUCCUAGUUUCCUCUCACAACAAGACUGAAUGUUUCUAAGUGAUGCAUUAAAUGCAUUUCGUUCUGCCUAAUUCUUAAAAAUGAAUGAAAUACAUGGGCUCUCCUCCAGAAUGCUGUAUGAACUCACCAUGUCUUGGAAGAAGACAUCCCUUCCUCCUCCAGCCAUUUCCACCCAUUUCCUUAAGAUAUAAUUAGAAGACUUGCCAACCAUUAAAUGAAUCCCGGCUAACCAGAUUAUAGAAUGUGGCAUUCAGUGCCACAAAAAUAUAUCUAUACUGCUAGAUAAAUAGUUGGGAGAGACUUUGCAAUGCGGCAAAAGAAUGAAGUGUAUUUAAUGGAGGUAAUUACAAUGAGGGCCAUAAAAGAAUCCAUGUAAAAGCUUUUGAUUUUAAUGUAAUUAAAAUUUACUGAGGAUGUAAUGAUGUAAACCUUACGGAAAUAUCCAGAAGAGCUGCAGUUACUAGUGCAAGUUGGUGAGGAAAAGGCAUUUUUGUGGAUCAGUGUCUUUUUAAUUUUGUGCUUUUAAUGUGAAGGAAAUGUAAAUGCUGUAAUGCACCAAUAAAAAUGAACUUGA